CGAGCUAUAUAGAUCGUUGACAUUCAUAGUUGUCGUUCGCAUAUCCCUUCCGAACUUCGAACUUCGAACGCUCCAGGUCUUUAUCACGCCAAACGCACUUGCCUAUACCUCGCCUACUCUUCGAUCUCAUAAUCGCUACUUACCUCAAAAAUGCUCUUUUCCAAGAAGAUCGUCGCCGUUGCCGCUGUCACCCUCCUUGGAGGUAGCGCCAAUGCUCAGUUGGGGGGACUGGGAGACUUGGGCUUGUCGAGCUCGUGCACUGGCUCCGCUCUCAGCUUGAUCAUCGGACCCCUGAACUCGUGUCUGUCUCUGCAAACCCUCGCCCAAUUGUUCACCACUUCGGGUUCGAUCGUCGCCCCUCUCGACAGCUACUUGAACAAUGACAUUUGCAACACCGAUGCUUGUUCCACCGACACCCUCUCAUCGGCCAACCAGACAAUCAACGACAACUGCCAAGAGGAUAUCCAAAACGGAAACACCUUGAUCACUGCCUUAAGGACUGUGCUCAACCAGUACCCUACCAUUCGAGAGGUCGCUUGUUUGCAGGCUUCCGGAAACAACACCCGAUGCAUCACUCAGUCCCUCUACGGGAUUCAGAACGCUACCGGUCAACAGAUCGACACUAGCUUCAUCACCGGGCUUUUGGGUUCGGGCAACACCAGCUUGACCGACUUGGCUCAGCUCGACGCGAACGUCGUCUGUACCGGAUGUAACCAGGCCAUCUACCAGAUCGCCUCGGAGAGCAACAACAGCACCUUUGCUUCGGGUGCUGUUGGUCGUGCUAUCGGCACCAAGUGUGGAUCAGACUUCACCUCCUCCACCACCUUCCCUACCGACGUAAAGAACCCCAUCGACCCCACCUCUACCAACUCGGCCGCUAGCGGAGCUUCUAGCAGCGUCGCCGCGACCUCUUCUGCCGGUGGUUCGAACGCCGCUGGUAGGACUUGGUCCCUCGAUGGAAUGACCGUCAUCGCCGCCGGUGCUAUGGGUCUCGGAGUUGUCGGAGGCGCUUUCGGCGUUCUCGCCUAAGCUCAGCCUUUGAGCCGAGCGGGUAGUCUUGGAACUUCACUGCCGGUCUUCGCACCUACAAAAGACAACCAGGACGCUUGAGACAGGGCUCUUUACCUUACAAGACUUAGAAGGACAGGAUCAUGUAGAAAAGGAUAGGAAAGGAACGUUUUACUUUGCUUUGCCAGGAUUGCAUCAUAUACGCUACAUUUAUAUCGCUAUGUCUCCCAUGUAUCGAAACCAAGACUCGCCUUG